AUGACAACCUCCGUCAUGCCGUCAACUUCCUCCCCCUCCCUUCACCCUGCAACCACAGUCAACAAUAUCAAAAACCUAAUUCCUAUAACUCUGGAGAUCGAAUCUUCUCAAUAUAACUCCUGGGCCACCCUCUUCAAGAUACAAUGCAAAGCUUUUCUUGUUCACGACCACCUCUCUCCACCGAAACAAACCACCACUGAAACCUCCUCGUCUGACCCACCCAAACCCACAGCCGAUUGGGAACGGCUUGAUGCCAUUGUGUUACAAUGGAUAUAUAGCACGAUUUCCAAUGAUCUCCUACACACCAUUAUCAACAAAACAUCUACCGCCCAUGAAGCCUGGACCGCCAUUGAAAACAUGUUUCAAGAUAACAAAAGUGCCAGAGCCAUCCACCUCAUGCAGAAAUUUUCCAACACUCGUCUGGAUGCUUUCUCUUCCGUCUCUGCCUACUGUCAGGAACUUAAAGUCCUGGAUGAUCAACUUGCUAAUGUCAAUUCCCCGGUUGAUGAUGAACGUCUUGUGUUGCAAUUGAUUGCUGGGCUCAAUGAAUCUUACGAAGGCAUCGCCACCAUUCUGCAACAACAAGACCCGCUGCCUUCCUUUUACACAGCCCGCUCGAGACUCAUCCAGGUUGAAACACGCAAAGCUGAACAGGCGCUUCUUGCGUCCAAGACUGCCACCGCUCUAAACUCCACCACCAGCCGCACUCCAGCCCACUAUGACUCACCAGGCGCCUCUUAUCGUUCGGACUCACGGGGACGUGGCAGGUCUCGCGGACGCGGCCGCGGCCGCGGCUCGUCUGGCCGAUCACGUUACCCGCCCAACAACAAUUAUUGGCAGCCACCCUAUGUGUGA